AACUCAAAAUUUAUUAAAAGCAAUUACAGCUGAUAGUAAAGCUGUAUUAGAGGCUAUUGCAGAUCCAUUGGUUGCACUUAAUGCCAAGGGUGAGAUAGUUGGUGCCAAUAAACACGCGCUUCGUUUAACAGGUUAUUCUCCUGAUGAUAUUAAAGUUCAAAACAAGAUGCACGUAAAUCAAUUGCUGAUUCCCGUAGUCGAAACUCCGGCUGAAGAACGGGAAAUUUCAGAUUAUGAUCCAAUGCAAGUACCAGUUCGUCCCGGCAUGCGUGACGUUAUGGCACGAAGAAAAGAUGGAACUUGUUUUGAAGCUGAGGCAAAUUUUUCACAACAAGUUGUGGAACAAAAUUAUUUUACCCAAGUAGUAAUGUUUAGAGACGUGAGUUUUAAAAAAGAACAUGAAAGAGCUGUCAUUGAGGCGAAAAAAGAAGCUGAAAUGGCUAAUCAAUCUAAAACAGAGUUUCUUUUCUUUUUAUGUCAUGAGGAAAAGGAGCAAGAAGAAUUAGAUUAUAUUAUGUCAGCGGGAAAAUUUUUAAGUUUUAUUGUUAAUGACGUUCUUGAUCUUACACAUUUAACUAAUCCCAAUCCGUAUGAGAUAGAAUUAAAAUGUGAACCGUUUGAUCUUCAUAUUUUGAUACCAAAUGUAGCAAGGAUUCAAUCAUUUGAAGCAGCGAAUAAAAAAAUCAAAUUAAAAACAAUCAUACAUAGUGAUAUUCCACAUAAUGUAUAUGGAGAUGCUCGUCGUAUAGAACAGGUCAUUAAUAAAUUGAUAGCUCGGUCGAUCGAGGUUGCGCCAGAAGGUGGAAUAAUCGAAUUAGAAAUACAUCCUUUACGGCUUCAUCGUAUACAUGGUGUAUUGUUACGUUUUUCGGUAAAAGAUGAAAGUGAAGGUUUAUCUUCAGAUAAUGAAAUAUCCGAAUUAUUUAAACCUUAUUCUAAAACAAACUCAUCGAUAGGCUCUAGAUUUCAUGCACAAGGUCUCUCAAUGGCGCUAGCACAAGCUAUUGUUAAAGUUAUGGGAGGGAAACUUCAUGUUGAUAAAUCUCAAAAAAAGCAACCCGGAAAUCGAGUGUGGUUUGACAUUUGGUUGCGAACAGAUGAUACAAAUAUACGGAAUAAUCUUCAUCGUGGAUCUUUGGACACUACAUUUAGUACUAAUUCAAUUGAUGAAAUGGAUAAUUCGCUAGAAACAGAUUCAAUCAAUGAAUUUAAAGUACAACUUCGUGGUUCAAAGAGUUUGUCAUUAGCAAAAACAAACCGUCCUGGCCGUACUUAUAAAAGCACAGUUAGAAGAAAACGGAGGCAACCUUUACCUAAUGGUGAAGAAUCUGAUGAUGGCGUAGUUAAAGGGGGUUUCUUUCAACGUAAGGGGUCUAUUAUCCUUAACGCAGUAGGGUUAGAUAGAGCUAGUUCUUCCCAUCAAAAUAACACAACUAUGAAUGACAAAGUAUCAUUUUCAGUUAAUGAAGAGUCAACGAACAAUUCUAUUGAUAAUACAAUGUCAUCUACACCACCUCCCAUAAUAACUUAUUAUCCUGGUGACAAAAAUCAGAAUGAUUCCGAAAACAUACGUGAAGUGAUGAAAUCUAAUGAUCCAUCUCCUCAUGACAACACCUCAUUAUUAAUAUCUACAAAACUAAAGAACGAUGCACCUACAGUAACGCCACCUAUAUCACCUACAUCUUUAAACACUCAAAAUGCAACAUCCGGACAACAUUCUGUCGUUAUAGAUGAACAUUCUAAUCAAAAUUUAUACAUUAGCUUUCAUAACUCACCAACUCAAACAAUAUUAUCACCAACGAAUACAUCACUCACGCCACCGUCAUCAUCACAUGCUGCACACCUCCCAUUAUCAAAUGAUUCUGAUAAAACACAUACUACACCACUUCAAACGGAAAAUAGCACAAUAGUUAGCAGUAAUGUAAAUACUACGCCAUCUAUAGCAUCUCUUCCUUCAUCAACAUCACAAACUUGUCAAGUGGAACAACCAUCACCACGAACAUUAAAAGUGCUACUUGUUGAAGAUAAUCUUAUAUGUCAACGAGUAACAUCUAAAAUGCUUAUACGUAAUAAUUACAUCGUGGAUAUUGCUAAUAAUGGCAAAGAAGCUAUAGAUAUGAUUGAGGCAACAAUGAACACGAAAGGCUAUGCUUGUAUAUUAAUGGACAUCAUUACACCAGUUAUGAAUGGAUACGAGGCUACAAAAUUACUGAGAAAGCGAGGUGUAGACAUUCCAAUAUUAGCAUUGACAGCCAAUAGUUUUAGCAGUGAUGUUAAAAAGGCUCUUGAUGUUGGAAUGGAUGCGUUUUUAACAAAACCUAUUAAAGAAAGA